CUCCCGUCGCCGACGAUGGAAGACAGCAACAACAACAAUAAAAGCAACAUCAGCCAUCAAGUAAUUUCUCCGAAACCAAAAGCUGUCUUUCUCAAUCUUCUACAUUACAACCUUCAAAGCAAAGAACAAACACAAAUAAUACCAGCAUCAUUCAUACUUCAUCAACCACAACAACAAAACGCUUCUGUCUCUCUCUCUCUAAAACUUCCCCCAAAACCUCAGCUUCUACAGAAACUGAGAAAUGCUAGAUCUAGUAAACGAUCCUUCCUCCACCUUCCUCUCCCACCAACUCUUCCAUUUCCUCCUCCAAUCUCGACACUGAGUGCUGUCGCGAAAUCCCAAUCUCCACCUCGGCCGCCCAGUCCUCCGCCGUCGCCGGCGCCGGCUCGAGAAAGUGCAGGAAGGCGAAGACUAAGAAGGCGGUGGCGGUGGCAAACUCACAGGAAUCUCCUUUUCAGAACUCAGCGCAGGCAGUGUCGGAGUGGCGCUUCUAUGGAUCUCUUCGGCAGGCCUUCUCCCCGGGGUGGGCGAAGGGGCACUCUAUCCAGUCAUGAGACCUCCUGCGCGCGCAACGCCGGACCUUGAACUCAAACAUGCGGAAAUGAUCGCAGGAGAAGCCUUGCAAUUCCUGUGAUUGGAUGGCGAGAAGAACUCAGUUGGGCUUAAUGUAAGAAUUGUUGAUUUGUUUGGUUGCUGAGAAAAAAAAAACGAAGAAAAAAGAAAGAAAAUUCAAUUAAUAGGACUUUUUACCAAUAUGUCCGUAUUAGAAAGUCAUUGA